AGCAAGUGUACCCCUUGCUUUUGCGUGGCAGCUGUUUCAGUGCAUGAGAGCGAGGGCCGCGCACAUCGUUACCGAGUUGGCGGCUGAAUUGCGUUAGUCGGUCGUGGGGCAUCGAUCGGUGAAUUAGGUGCACGCGUGGAUCGGUUUCGAGCAACGGCCACGGAGACGAGCUGACCACAUCGUGGAUAGCCAAGGGAAGGUUGAAGAAGGGAAGAGAAGAAAAGGAAGGAAGAAACAGAGAGAAGGGAGGAAGGAAGAAAAAUCUGUGCGCAGUGGAAGGUUCGGUGAUCGUUAAAGGAAAUUGGAAGAGAUCGUUUGAUCGAUCGUUGGGAAGCGGCAAGGAAAUCGCAGUGGGUGCGAGGGAUCGCCGAGAGCGGUCGUCGUUCGCUCGUGAAUCGGCAGCGAAUCGGUGUUUGCGGUCAAUGAAGGCACGUAAGAGCCGCGAGAAAAGUAAGUUCAUCAAUCAUACAGGCCGACUGUAGUGCCGCUCGAGUUUCCUCUCCGGUAAUAUCGGUGCAGGCCAGUCGAUACACGCCGUGGAAAGAGAUCCUCCUUGAGACGAAGGGAUCGACACAGCCCAGGCCCGAACGAUCUCCCUCCUUUAUCGCGAAACCAUUUGUUGCGGUGUGUCAGUGCUAACAGCUGCCAAAGAUGCAACGGCAAGAGGGCGAACUUGAAGAACUCGGGGGCGUUUUAGGGGGUUCGACCGCCGGUGCCCUUGCACUUGGCGGCAGGCACAAGCCGGAGGAGCUUUCCACAUUGGCGGCCAACACCAGAUUCUCCAGGAAGGAAAUACAGCUUAUCUAUCGUAGCUUUAAGCAGGACUGUCCCACGGGUCUCGUCGACGAAGAAGCUUUCAAACAGAUAUUCUCGCAAUUCUUUCCACAGGGAGAUGCCAGUCAGUACGCUCACUACGUCUUCAACACGAUGAAGAGAAAACCGUCUGGAAAGAUAAGCUUCGAAGAAUAUCUCACCAUCUUGUCGAAGGUCUCGAGAGGAUCGGUGGAAGAAAAACUGCAGUGGAUAUUUGGACUUUACGACCUGGACGGGGAUGGAUUGAUCAGUAAAGAGGAGAUGCUAGACGUGGUUGGUUCGAUUUACGAGAUGUUGGGUCGUUACACUCAGCCACAAAUAGUCGAGCCGCACUUGGCAGCUCGAGAACACGUCGAUCGUAUUUUCCACUUAAUAGAUGCAAAUAAAGACGGCGUGGUGACAAUCGAGGAAUUAGCACAAUGGUUUUCCAACGAGCAACUCUUGCGAAGUCUCGACACUCUUGACACUGUCUUAUGAGAGCUUUCCGAUUAGUUUGUAAUUCCCACUUAAUUCCAGAGAGUCAUAAAUUCCCUGAAAAUUGUAACGCAACGUUCAAACGAGUUUCGCGGGUAGUUUUUAAAGCUUCGAUUCUUGAUCGUACUUAAUAUUAAAAGGAAGGAAUUGAGUUCCAAUUAAAAUUACUAAUUAAAGCUCGUCGAACGUUGCUUGUAAAUAUGUACUUACCCUACCUACCCAGUCUUUCAAACGUGCUAUUGAACGCACUAUGAAAUUAACAACAGUAUUAUCGAACCUCUGAACACUAUUCCUUCUCGCAUCGCAAACGUAAUUAUUCUCGCGAGUUCAACGGAUCACUCGAUUGUUGUCGCGCAAUCGUGUAGAUUUGUGCGAAACAUUUCAGCUACGAAAGAAAGAAGAAGGUGACGUUUGUACUAAUUCGUUUCAUCGCCGAAUAGUAUUAAUACUAUCUCGAAGGACUGAAGUGUCCUUCAAUGGCAUUGAAAUCUCAA